ACGCAUGCGCGGGGCGGGAAACGCGCUCCCGCGCUGGAGCUGGGCCGGGCCGGGUUGCCGGUAGGGGUUGGGGGCGCGGGCGGCCGUUACAGCGGUUGGGGCUGAGGGGGGAGGCACGCAGGGCGGCCAAGCGAACGAUCAGAUGCUUUCUGAAGGAUCAGAUGCAGAGCGUGUGCAGAUAUGAAGGUCAUCACUUGUGAGAUAGCUUGGCACAACAAGGAGCCUGUGUACAGCUUGGACUUCCAGCAUGGAACUGAUGGGAAAAUCAACCGACUGGCCUCUGCAGGUGUGGACACAGCCGUCCGGGUAUGGAAAGUGGAAAAAGGACCGGAUGGAAAAGCUAUCGUGGAGUUCUUGUCCAAUCUCGCCCGCCAUACCAAAGCAGUAAAUGUCGUGCGCUUCUCUCCCAGUGGUGAAGUCCUCGCAUCUGGUGGAGAUGAUGCUGUUAUUUUAUUAUGGAAGCUGAAUGAUAGCAAAGAAUUGGAACCACUAGCUUUUCAGGAUGAAGAUGAAGCUCAGCUCAACAAGGAGAACUGGACAGUUGUUAAAACUUUAAGAGGCCACUUAGAAGAUGUGUAUGAUAUUUGUUGGACCUCAGAUGGGAAUUACAUGGCAUCCGCCUCCGUAGAUAACACGGCUAUAAUGUGGGAUGUCGUUAAAGGACAGAAGGUUUCAAUAUUAAAUGAACACAAGAGUUAUGUCCAAGGAAUAACCUGGGAUCCUCUAGGCCAAUACAUUGCAACUCUGAGUUGUGAUAGGGUUCUGCGGGUAUACAACACGCAAACCAAGCGUGUAGCAUUCAACGUUACCAAGAUGCCAUCUGAAUCAGGAGCUGAAGGAGAGGCUAGGAGCUAUCGGAUGUUUCAUGAUGACAGCAUGAAGUCAUUUUUCCGUAGGCUCAGUUUUACUCCUGAUGGCUCCUUACUACUCACUCCAGCUGGCUGUGUUGAAUCAGGAGAAAAUGUGACAAACACAACAUAUGUUUUCUCCAGAAAUAAUCUUAAAAGGCCCAUGGGUCAUCUGCCCUGUCCGGGAAAGGCAACUCUUGCUGUUCGCUGCUGCCCAGUCUACUUUGAGUUGAGACAAGCACUUAAUAAAGGUGAAGUCAGUCAGAAAUCAUCGCCUGCCCUAUUGAAUCUACCCUACCGAUUGGUGUUUGCUGUUGCUUCGGAAGACUCUGUGCUUUUUUAUGAUACUGAGCAGUCUUUCCCUUUUGGUUACGUUUCUAACAUACAUUAUCACACCCUCAGUGACAUUUCAUGGUCCAGCGAUGGAGCCUUUCUUGCUAUUUCUUCUACGGAUGGAUACUGCUCGUUUGUUACCUUUGAGAAGGAUGAACUGGGAAUACCACUGAAGGAAAAGCCUCAAAUACAUGUCAGGACUUCUGUUGUCACAGAGAAGAAAGUGAAGAAGAGUCAGCCAAACAAAGUCAUUUCCCCGGGCUCAAGGCUGACAGAGGGGACUUCUCUGAGUACUCCCACUCUCCAACCUAAAACGCCUGUAGCUGCUGCUAAGGACUUGCCUUCCACACCUGUUGGCAUAAAAAAUGUUCCAGUCUCAUCUUCAGAGGAGAGGAAAAUCAGCCAGCCAGCCAGCCAGAGUACUAAAGUAAACCAGCCCAGGAGGAUUACUCUCAACACUUUACAAGCAUGGAGCAAGACGCCAAGGAGAGUAAACUUGAUACCACUGAAGCCAGAUACACCAGCCUCAGUAUAUACAGAUACAGUUCCUGUACCUCCUUCCUCAGAGCAGGAACAUGAGAGGCCAUUACCAUCUGAUGACAGUCUUCAAAAUCCCCCAGCAUCUAAACGUCCUAGAACUGAGGAAAUGCCUCUUUCUGUGUCUGCUGAAGAUCAGAUCGGCUGCAAACCAAACAAAUAACAACUAGUUUCUUAGCAGACUCUUCAAUCUGAACACAGUGCAGCCAUACCUGAGAGCUCAUUUCUUUCUGCAAAUGAUGAAUCCUCAAUUCCUGAUGCGUAUUUGACAUAGUGCUGUGAGUAAGCUGGCAGUAGUAGACAGUUUUCAGGAAUGUAGCUUUACAGAAGAGGAAAUAAUUCUGAAGCGUCUUCAAAGUGUAGUUCUAUUUCUGGAAGACAGUGUUCUUCCAUGCCACAGUUCAAGGAAAUCAUGCAAAUCUGGCUAUCAAAAAGCCAUACACUAGCCUAAGUUUUUCCAUCAAAAUUCCCUGAGUUGAUGUUUAUAAUGUAUCGUGUCUUCCAGCAACCUGUCUGGCAAAUAAGUAGAACUUCGAAGGAAUUGAGUUCAUUCUGAUCUGACCUUGCUUAAGAAAAAGGGUGGAAACAAAAAACCUAAAGUGGUUUCACUGGGGCAGCUUGGCUUACACAUCGUAGCAAUGUGCUAAAUAAUCAGUGCUCUUCAGUACCUGUGGAAUGGAAGCAAACAUCAUAUGCUCUGAGUGCGGCAGCAUGCAGUAUGACUGACACUGAAACAGAAAUCAGAAACUAAAACUGCAAAAAAACAAGAAAGCAGAAGGAAGACAUUUUCUGAAGAUCUGUUAGAAGCAUUAAACAGUGGAAGAAAGUUAUUUGUUGAACAAACAAGUUUCUAUAUUUACAAAAAUGAAGACAUGAGAUUUUCUUGAGGCACCAAGAUUUGAAUUUAUACAUUAAAAGAACACAGAAGGCUUUCCCCUGUUCUUUUUUCUAAGUCACAUUCCUUUGGCCAAUAAAAUAAAACAUGAAUCCAAUGUAUAUUACACUUUUAAAAGCUGAUUUGUUUAUUUUUUCCUAUAAUUAAACUACGGCCUAUGAUUCGAAACAACACCAAACACUUUGAAAGCCACUACACUGAAUUUUAUCUGGUGUGUGAAGACUCCAGAAGUAGAAUGCUCAGCCACAGCAUUCCGAGCUUAUCCAUUUCAUUGCUUUUGCUUAAUAUCAGAUAUUUAUUUUUGAGAAGAUAAUACUUAAAAUGUAAAUAGUUGUUCUAAUUAACGAUACCUUGUAGACAAAAAUUUCUCUUGUGAUUUAGCCCGCACUUUUCUAUCAUGUGGAGUUCUGAAACGCAUGGGAGGGGAAAGCUAGAAUUCGUAUUAAACCUCUUUGAUUUCCCCGUAUUUGAUUGUUUUUAAGGUGUCUAAUUAGUGUUUAUUUUCUUUCAGUUUCUAAGCAAGUGUACAAAUACACCAGACAAUGCAGAAAUAGAAAUGUUUCAGAAGUGUUUCAUAAAAAUUCCAUGAAGAAGAAAUGCUUACAGCUAUCUAUCCCCAAAAAAGUUUCAGGCAAAUGGAAUAUGUUAACUACAAUCAAACUUCAGCAGAAAUUAAUAACCAAAGUGUUUGAGGGAACUAGCUGUAUUUUUCUUUAAAUCACUGAGAUGAGGGUAGAACUUUACCAGACCCAGCCAAACCUGGGAUUUCUUAGAGACGGGAGUGAAAAGACUAUUACCGAGUAAAGCUACAUCUAAAACAGUUUUUUUCCUUGAAAUUUAUAGAAAUAAAAUUUGUAGAGGUCUGAAUUUGUAGCUAAAAAGCAGAUAUUUGUAACUAACACAGCAGUGCAUUUGUGAUGGUUGGUUUUUUUUGUUUUUUUUUUUCUUUGUAUAUUGAUUGCACUGCAAAGGGUCCUUUGAGUUCAGACUUACAUUUCUGAAUGCUGAUUGCAAAGCUAUCCUGUUUGUUGGUUUGCUUUUUCUUGUUUUGUUUCUUCACAAAAUGUAUUUUGUCAUAAAGUCAUAAGCUGUCAUAAGCUUCUUUCUGUUGGAAGCUGUAAGAUUGAAUAUGUUAUUUUAGUGUUAAUGACAUAACUGGCCUUUGUGGUCUUUGAAUGUAAUUAAUUACCAAGGUAUUAGUCUUCAUUUCAUGCCACAUGCAUUCUGGUAACAUCUACAUUUGUUUAUAUAGUUGCUAGCCUAUUUUCUCACUGCCUUGCAAUGUAAUUGGAUCGGUAGAUUUAUUGACGCUUUCACUGCUUCCAUUUGGAGAUUAUUUCCACAUCAGCAUCUCUGUCAUAAUGCUCUAUCUGGCAUUUUUUCUUCCUAAUAAGGACUUCUUUCAUUAGUUUUAGUUUUUCUUCUGCUACUAUAACUUUGUACUUCUCUUUUCUAUUCAUUCUCUGUUAGUUGUGUUCUACUUUGUUGUUAAGAGGCAGCAAAUCAGUUUUAAACUUGGGAACUGCAGAGCUCUUCACUGGGUGUCCAAAACCUGCACCCAGUCAAAAAUAUUUUGUAGCUGUGUAUGUCAGUAUCCUCCCAGCAAAUCCCCUGAAAGACAAAAUAAAUAGGAUUUUGAUACCAAUUUGUGUUCUCCGAGGUGAAAGUAGCACGGUCUUCUGUACCUGUUGGACCACAACGCACAUGGAUUACUGAGACUUGUCUCUGGAGACAAUGGCGGUAAGGCUGGAGGGGGCUCUGAGCAACCUGGUGGAGCUGUAGGUGUCCCCUGUUCAUUGCAGGGGAGUUGGACCAGAUAGCCUUGAGGGGUCUCUUCCAACUCAAAAUGGUGUCGCUGCUGUGCCUGCUUCAUGACCAUCCCCAUUUCUUGGUGCUGAUUCAUCUGCCUUUUUACCAUAAGCCUCAGUUUCUGCUUCAGCUGCCUGUCACAAGGAAGGAAAUCCUCAUGUUAUUUUUUUACUUCACUUGGAAAGUUGUCAUCAUCCAUCAAGAGUGCAAAUUUUAUUUGCCUGUUUCUCUAUGGACUCCUAGGAAAAAGUUAUGCCUCUUUUCUCAGAAGCCCAGGCUCCCCAGCAUGUGGGCAGUUGCAGGAGCACUGACUUCUGCCAGCUCAGUCAUGGACUUUUCCAUAGCAAAUAUCUACCUCAUAGGGAGAUACGUGUUCGGUUGAUGUUGUGACUUCAGGCUCACCUUGAGACCAUAGGAAAUCUUACCAGACACUUUUAACUAUUUAAAUGAAAGGACUUGAUGCCCAGGUUUAUAUCAGACCGAUUGCUUACCGAGGACACCAGAGAUUCUGCUGAUAAAAAGCACCUUCAAACCUUGGAAUCAGCUCAGAUGUUCUUCAGGCAAAAUCACUGUAGGUGCAAUCAUGAACCCUAUUGUUCUGUUGUUGCCUUUCCUGCUUUUCUUGCUUUAAAGGCUGACAUCUCUCAGGCACUGGUCUUCUAGUGAGUCACGUAAGGCUUUUGGACUCUGGAUAGCUCAGUCAUUUGUAAUGCCUUGCAGUCCUUUCAGCUUGUGCUUCUUGGGGGUUCCCUCUGUAAGAGUUUACUUGGACUGUUAGCAUGCACAUUUCAGUAAAAUCAUUAACUCCUUCCCACUAUGGAGGAAUUGCCCACUUGCCCUUGGAGCUUAAACUAUCCCACACAUUUUGAGUAUGAAGAAGGCUACAAUAAGAGCCUUCAAACUGCGUUGGGACCUGAUGUCACAUGAAACGGUCAUCUUCCUCCAGAGGCUAUGAAGGCAGGUUCUGUACUUUGACAGAGUUCGGAGUAUGUCCUGAAACUUCCAAGAUGAAUCCACCUCCAGUGCAAAAACUCUGCUCAGUUGAGUGUUUCUGGUUUUGUUUUCUGAUGAAAUAGAGUCUUCCUUUGGAUACCACUCAAGCAACCACCUGGAGAUUUCUUAAACACUGUGUUACAGCAAAGGCAUCAGAACUUGCCAUUCUCUGUAGAAGCAGUUCCACAGGUGCUUUCCAUGUGAAGGAUUCAGAGCUUCUCUCUCCAAGUAAAUGUAAUCACAUACAUUUUUCAGUGUGUUUGACACCGUGGAGGCCCAGCUGGACUGCUGCAUCCAGUUCUGGCCUUUCCAGUACAAGAAAAAUACGGAACUCUUGGAGGAACUCUUGUGAAAAGCCACUGAAAUGAUGAAGGGGUCUGAAGCAUCUCUCUGUGAAGAAAAGUUGAGAGAGCUAGAACUGUUCAACUUACAGAAGAGAGGGCUUGUGUGGGACCUCGUCAGUGCCUAUCAAUGCCUGAAGGGAGGUUGUUAAGAAGACGGAGCCAGGCUCUUCAGUGGUGCCACAAGAGGAUAAGAGACAAUGGGCACAAACUGGAACACGGUUUUCCUUUUUCAGUUGGUUUUCUUUACAUGUACUUUACUUACCUGAUCUUUUAAAAGGUCAUCUUUAUGUCCCAAUUUUGCAUAUUAUUUUAAAUGUGUCUACGUAUCUGUAAUCAUUUACCAAUGCCAGAAGAAAAAGAGUUCUUUGUUAUUUUGAUCUAUUUUGAUCUACGUGCCCUUUUUUCUUUGGUAGAUGAAUAAUUGUUCAGUUGUACGAAGUUCAGCCCAUGGUUCAGAAAAGCCUUAUCUGCAGGAGCACAGAAAGUGAGAUGUGAGAAGAAAGUACAGAUUGCCCACUUGAUGUCGCUGUUCUAACAGGAUUCCUCCUCUUGCGGUUAUGGGGAACCAGGCAGCAAGAAAACAAUUUUCUUUUUAAUAAUGGGUUGUAAUUGAAUCUAUAUAACAAAUAUAAAUUAUCACCAAAUAAAUCGAUUUUAUUAUUUUGACGAGCUUCCUUCUAAAAA